AUGUCUGAGCCUGCUAGCGCAGUUCCGAAACGCAUGAUGACUCGUCCUAAAAAUGCAACUCAGCAUCCAGGACGUAUCCUCACUGAGGCCGAAGGCUAUACCAAAAGACGUACCAAAGCUCAAAAGUUCGCUGACGACAAGCGUGAAAAAGAGGAAAAGCAGGCAAGUGAAAUGGCUGUACAAGAAGGAUAUAAGCGCGUUGCUGCAUUUGAGAAAAAAAUGCAGACAGACCAAGCUGCUAAACGUGCUGAUGCACCAAAGCCUACUCGUCCCCGCCCACGCCCUGUAAAAAAGGUUGCGAAACCCAUGGAGACCUCUAACUCGACUAUGGCCGAGGAUCAGGCCAUUGGCGCUAAAGGCAAGGGUGGUAGGGCUAGAGAUAAAUCAGCAGCCGGUGCUAAUGUCGAACAUCCUGAGAGUGAUGCAGAGGACGAGGAGCAGGAGGCGCGAGUGCCUGGAGCACGCAAAAAGAAGGGGAAGAGGACGGUGUUACCAGUGAAGACGCCAGUGAGAGACGCAAUCGAAGCAGCUGGCCUUAUCGAUGACUCGGAAUCAACAAUGCCACGUGACAACGAUAAGAAGUCUGGUGAUGUCUCUACAGCAGGUCCUGCAAAAUUCGGUGUUGCUGCUGGGCGUAUUUCGCAUUGGAGGUUGGAGAUCCCUGAAGAGCUUACCUCUGCCGCCGCUGCCUCGAAGCACAGACGACCAUCUACGAUGCCUUCUGACUUCUCUAGUAUGGUUCCCUCCUCUAAACUCACUAGGGGGAGUACUGUUAGUAGCGGUGGUGCCCCACUCACACCCAUCAAUACUAUCACCGGUGCUGGGGCUGAUAGCAUGGCAGAUCAUUUUGUGACUCUGUUUGCAGACGAUGAUUUGGAUGAAUCAGUCGAGCGCUCUCAGGCCCUUGCCCGUAUGUCCAAACCAAAGGGGGCCGCUCAGGGCGUCAAGAUUUCUUCUAUGGUCCCUGAUACUUCCAUUCAAGCAAACUCAGCCCGUCGCAAUACCAACCUGGCCCCCAAACAGCUCAACACACUUGAGCCUGACACUGUCACUGACGAUAAUGGCGAUAUGGAUGUUGAGGUGGCUCGCCCAGCAGUAGCGUCGCUCGUCAACUACGCAUCCGACACUGACAUGGAAUCUGAUCUUGAACCUCCUCCUUCUACGCAGGUGCCCAAAGGAUACUAUGAUGACGACAUCCGCCGAGCUGUGGCUCUCAAUCGAAAACCAGCAUCCUACCCUACGACUCCGUCAACUGAGACGAUGCAAUUGAGGACGACUACAAUCGAGGAUGCCCUACUUGAAGAUGCUCCCUUCGAGGACGACAUCAUGGUCGGUGAUGACUUCGGUGAUGAUCAUGCCUCCAUGAUCGAGGAAGAUUUGCUCUCGUCCGAAGUUGAGUUCAUUAGUCACAUCAAGCCCAUUGUCAAGGUCGAAUCCAAACCAGUAUCUUUGCGGGUCACGUCCACGGUAACUAAUGUUGGUGUCAAACACAAAGCUCCCGUGACCAAGCGGACAAAGUCUUCCAUUGCGCAUACUCAUAGUCUUUCCAGCAUCUCAAGUGCUGGUUCUGGUGCCGCAUUGGGUCCUGUAGAAGUGGAGAUCCUUCCUCGUUCUGCUUACAGGAUCAAAAACCUUCCUGGAGGUCCUCGGGCAGUCACUAGGUGGAGCGCAGUCUUCAUUCCAACUCUCAUUUCCGCCGUUGGGGACCAAGAUGAAGACACCUGGAAUGCAGUUUACGGUGAUAUACCUCACACGGUCACACCCGAUGGGCCGGUUAUGGCUCUAGCUACCCAGCGGCUAUCAGAGUGGCGCAACGGCGUUGGCACUACUGCCAUCACAGUACUGACGCACUUCAUGUCGACGCAGGACGAUAUCGAGAGUGAUGAGGAUCGCAAAGAUUUUGCGAAAAACUUACGUCUCAAGCUAGGAUUUUUGUACGGCAGCAUCACGGAGGACGGCAAAUACAAACAACCCUUCCAGUCUGAACUCCUCGUUCAGGUUCUGGUACAGCAUAGUAAAGGGAAGGCCGUCAAGGUCCCCCACAGCUUGAACAAAGUCACGGGCAAGGCCAGUAACGCUCUCAAGGCGUUUUCGGACACCAACUACGGCGAGGCGACCAGAGGCUAUAUGAAAUCCAUCAACCAGCUCCGAGAGUCAGUCCUCCAAGACGUCUGGGAGCGCACAAAAGAAAUCGCUGUGAAGAGGCGUCACGGUGGUGCGUCCACCAUUCUGGAUGAGGAUUCCGACGAUGAGCGCGCAAUCAUCGUCGACGACGACUGGUAG